GCCCCGGCCGCGCCCAGCCCGGCGAGGACAGCGCCAGAAGGCGGCCCCCAGCGCGGCCACAAAGACCCACGGCGGCAGCUCUCCGCGGACCGGUGCCACAUUCAGCCCAUCAUGUCGUUUGGCAGAGACAUGGAGCUGGAGCACUUCGAUGAGCGAGACAAGGCGCAGAGGUACAGCCGCGGGUCCCGCGUGAACGGCCUGCCCAGCCCAACGCACAGCGCCCACUGCAGCUUCUACCGAACCCGCACACUGCAGACGCUCAGCUCCGAGAAGAAGGCCAAGAAAGUUCGCUUCUAUCGAAAUGGAGAUCGCUACUUCAAAGGGAUUGUGUAUGCCAUCUCCCCAGACCGGUUCCGAUCUUUUGAGGCCCUGCUGGCUGACUUGACCCGAACUCUGUCGGAUAACGUGAAUUUGCCCCAGGGAGUGAGAACGAUCUACACCAUUGAUGGGCUUAAGAAGGUUUCCAGCCUGGACCAACUGGUGGAAGGAGAGAGUUAUGUUUGUGGCUCUAUAGAGCCCUUCAAGAAACUGGAGUACACCAAGAAUGUGAAUCCCAACUGGUCAGUGAACGUCAAGACCACCUCUGCUUCCCGGGCGGUGACUUCACUGGCCACUGCCAAAGGGAGCCCUUCCGAGGUGAGGGAGAAUAAGGAUUUCAUCCGGCCCAAGCUGGUCACCAUCAUCAGAAGCGGAGUGAAGCCUCGGAAAGCUGUUAGGAUUCUGCUGAACAAGAAAACAGCUCAUUCGUUUGAGCAGGUCCUCACUGAUAUAACCGAUGCCAUCAAGCUGGACUCGGGAGUAGUGAAGCGCCUGUACACGCUGGAUGGGAAACAGGUGAUGUGCCUUCAGGACUUCUUUGGUGAUGAUGACAUUUUUAUUGCAUGUGGACCGGAGAAGUUCCGUUACCAGGAUGAUUUCUUGCUAGAUGAAAGUGAAUGUCGUAUGGUGAAGUCCACUUCCUACACCAAAAUAGCUUCAUCGUCCCGCAGGAGCACCACCAAGAGCCCAGGACCUUCCCGGCGCAGCAAAUCCCCGGCCUCCACGAGCUCAGUUAAUGGAACCCCUGGUAGUCAGCUCUCUACUCCACGAUCGGGCAAGUCGCCAAGCCCAUCACCCACCAGCCCAGGAAGCCUGCGGAAGCAGAGGGACCUGUAUCGCCCCCUCUCUUCGGAUGAUUUGGACUCAGUAGGAGAUUCAGUGUAAAACAGACAAUGGAGCAAUGUAUAUGGUUUGUGAUUGGGUGAAGGUUUCACAUUUCUUGAGCAAAUAUCUAACAGCAAAAUACACAAAAGAGUUUUGCAUACCUUGAAAAGGGAAAGACCAAAUCAUACAAAAGUAAAUAUGGAGGCAUUUUAUACUCAUGAUGGGGAGAUUUUUAAGAGAAUCUCCUCCACUGAUUUGCUUGGGGGAGUCUGAGCACAAAUAGCUCAACUCUGAGAUUUCUGUGUGAGGCCUAGUUCUAGAAAAAUUUUAUAUACAGACCCAAUGUUGAGUACAGAACACACUAAUGAUGCAGCAACAUGCAGUCCUAAUUUCCACUAAUAAAUUUUUCUUUUAAUCAUAAAUAGACAUGUAAGUACACUUUUCCUGUACUCUCUGUAAACUAUAUUAAUAUGACACUAGCAGACGUGUUUUUCCUUAAAGUUGUAUCCUUUUUAAAAUUUGGAUGGCUGUUUUUAGGGGUAAUUUUAUUGUAAAAAUAUUCAAUUAGAUUUUUUUUUCUCCUUGGCAAUAGAGAAAGCACCUUAUCAUUUUGUGGGUUAAUAUAUUUAAAAGGAAUAAAAAGCUCAUGCCAAGGACACAUCUCAUGAAAACUCAAACAUUAGGCGUUAGGAACUUUCCUUGGUUUUGUUGUCAAGUAAAUUUUGCUUUUCUAAGUUGUCUUCCAUUGGAAAAAAGCAAAAUAUAGCUUAAACUCUAUGCCAACAUGGAGAACCUAUUCAGUGAUAUUGCUAUAAGUUAUGUCUUUCCUGAACCAUAUAUGUGAUUUUUUGAAUGUGUAAGGGCUUAAGCAAGAAAAAUUUUUCUUUCUUUUUAUUUUUUAACACACACACCUAAAAAAUGUGUUUGGGCUUCUUCUAAAAAAAUCCAUUUGAAAGCAAAAUUCUUUUAAAUGGUGCUGUAUAAAUCCUGCUCAAAAUAUCCAAAUCUCCAGACUCAUGAACACUGGAGCAUGCUGUUGCUUUGGAAAUUUUCAUAUGCAAAACUCCUUUUGUGUUAAACCAAGUAAGUCUAUGAUUAUAACCCAUUGUUAAACAUUAACCUACUAAUUCUUCUCUUCUAGUCUUCUAUUUUAAAAACUGUAGUCAGCUUUGCUUGAACAUAAAAUAAUUAUUUUAAAAUACAAAUGUUAAAAAUCAAUGUAAUGUGUAUGAUCUGUUGUAUUUAAGCCAUGUCGUAGUGAUUGUUUACUAGUUGAAACACUAACAAUUUAAGACUUGUGAAGCAUGGUUUUGAUAUUCUCCCGGCUUGACGUAUCUCAGUAGGUGAUAAAUUAAAAAAUAUAAGAUGCCAUUAUGGAGGCUUUUACUUGAAAAUUUUUUCCCCAAAUUUUAUUUGAAAUCCAAAUUUUAAAAUGUUCAAUUCAAGAUGGAGAGAAAUUCAGUUGUCAUACACUGGCUUAAAUGUUAUUGAUUUAUCUUCUUGACUGAUUGUUCAACUAGCAAAUUUGACCAUCUGGUUUAUAGUUUCAUAUGUUACCAUCUCACUUCACAAGUGAGUAAAAUAUUCCAACCUAAAGGAGGAGGAGAAGAAGAAGAAGAAUACGAAGAAGAAGAAAUAAAAAGUCCAGGCAAUCUACUGGCAUUUGAAAACCCAACCCUAUAAUAAUUAGUGCCUCAUUAUCCUGUCUGUUGGAGAGAAAGACACUUCUCUGGCAGGUUAUUCGAGAACUGCAGACUGAACCAUUCCAUCUUGAAAGAACAGCUCAUAAUAAUACCUGUUCCAGACUUCAGGUUUUAAAACUGUUUCCAAUAGAAAUGAACAGAGUCUCCUGCUGAGAUCAAAAGGCUGCUUUGUUUUAGCUCAAACAGUAAACAUCUGUGAGGUUGCCUAUGCUUGUGUCUGUUUCAGUUAUGUCUUUGUAAAAUGCAUUACUUAAUACAGUGGAGUCCAUAAAAGAUUAGUAUGUAUUUGACUAAACUGUCAAAAAUGCAAAGAAAGCAGUGGAACGGUUACCUUAAAUCUGCUGGGGUCAGAUGGUCCAGUACAAGAAGAAAUUCCAAUAAUUUCAACUUGCCUGGGCUGUCAGGCUCAGAGACGACUACUGCUUAGAGAGCUCCAAUAGAUGCUAUUUGUUCUGGGUAAGUGGCAGAUAUUGCCGACUGAUAUAAAGCCCAUGGCUUUGUUUAGACACGGCAAAAAGAAACUGGACGUGUACUAAUUGCCGACGGAUAUCAUGGCCAACUUUCCAUUCAAGCAGUUCCAAGGGAAAUGCUAUUCCACAGCAUUUAAUCGUCUCAGCAUAUGACUUUUAUUAACGGACUGUUCAGGGGCAAUAUAUAUCAUUUACGUUUUGAAACUAAAGUCCCUCAGAGAUUGAAACAGCGCACCAUUUAUAGACUUUGAGAUCUCUUUCUAUGCACAGCAUAAUUCUAUUAUACUAAAGCAGAAAUAAAAAAAAAUCCUCAGCAACAAAGCAGACGUUUUCAGUUCAUUGGGGGAGCUAAAUGGGUGGUUUAUAGGCACUUAAGGUUUAGUUACUUUCAAGACUCUUUUUUUAAAAAUUAGACACUGAAUUUUAAAAUUGUUCUACUGAGCGGGAGAGUACUUCAGCAAAAACCAUGUGUACAUGUCCUAUGGUAAUCCUUCAGUGUGCUUUGAAGACAAUGUGCUGUAGCUGAGAGUUUGAUACUUUUUCCUUUGUAUUCACUUUUUUUUCUUAGGCAUGGACAGCAUAGAAAAAGAUGUUAGAAAUAUUUCCCUGCUUUCAGCAUUUUAGAAAUGCAAAAUGUAAUCAUAUAUAAAGUGUGAAGUUCAGUGUGAACUCAAAAGACUGGUUCUGAAACCCCCUUGAUGUGUUCUGUGUCUUGCCUAAUUUGGUAAGCAGUGGGCGAAAACCAAUAAUGUUUCUGUAACGCCAUAAGGUGUUAAGAAGUGACAGGUCCACAGUGUACACAUCCCUGUGUACAUAUACUGGCUCAUCUAAAUACUUCGUUUUUCUAAACCAAGUAAUGUUGUCUAAAAGCAUUUGAAACAACAUUAAGGUACUGUGUCCCCUAGGUUAAACAGCUAGGGUAUUUUGAUUGUAAACACAUUCAUAUGUGUUUGGGCUCUUCUUUUUGCCACUUAAAAACAAUGAUGUCUAAAAACUACAUUUCUUAGGAAAAUUGAAUGAACCUAUAUAAGUAGAGUGAUAUUCCUGAAAAAUAUCUCCAUAUAUUCUAACUAUUGGACUUCUAAAUUUUCAUAUGUGGCCAUAUAUCUGUACAGGUAUGUGGGUGUUUCUGUACACUUGCAAGGCUCAGUGUGUAUGUGGGUGUGCUUAUGUAAGUAUUUGUGUAAUGUGUGUAGACCAUAAAUAGUAAAAUACGAUAUUUGUGACACAGCCUUAUAGGUUACUGGCUCUUGUGGAACUGUGUGCAAAAACUUUAUGUCAUAAGGUGACAUUGUGACAUAUUAGUUGGAAUAUGUUUAAGUUCAAAAGCAAUUUGCUAAACUACUACCACAAAAUGGUUCAAAAUACUCAAGUGUUCUGAUUUAUCAAAAAAACCUGAAAUCAUACUCAAAAAUCCUCAAAAUCCAGAUAAAUCCUAUAGUGUGUUAACUACUAAAUAAAAGUAUAAAUUCUGUUUACAUUGUUAGGCCUUGAUAUUUGGUCAGGUGACUGAAUACUAUAAAUGAUGUUUUUCUAUUCUAUGUAUUGAUGACUUUUAAUGAUUGUCAAUCAAUAUUUACGAAAAAAUGAAACUGAUUUAUAGAGUUGUGAGUAGUUGAGUAUUAUGUUGAAACAUAAAUAGAAGAGAAUCCAAAUAUAUUUGACUUGAAAUGUUUAAGAACAAAGCCAGAUAACCUGUAAGGCAAUUUUAUUUUUGUUUUUCAAGGUACUAUUAUAAACUGUUGAUGUAUCUUGAGUAUACUUGCUGUAUGUGUGUAUAUGUACACACAAAUAUGUACACACUUGAAAAUGUUUAUCGAGUGAAUUUACUAUAUAUGUGUACACUUGCUCAUUUAUGCAAAUUUGCAUUAGCUUUGCUAACAUCUCUGUGCAUGAUAGAGACAGCUGUAUUUGAUUGAGAUAUUCCUCAGAGGAGUAGUGUGAAAAUUAGAGAUAUAUUGAUGUCAAUAUACCACUUGCCUGAAACACUUUGUUAUACUGUCAGCUUUUUCAAAAAAUCUUUGUAAUCUUGUGCCUGUAAUGCAUGUGAGAACCCUAGGAAACCGGAGGCCCUUGCUAUAAUUUUUAAGGGUGUAUGAUAUGUGAUGUCUUUAAAAUGUGAUUCAUUUUAGUAAAGAUAAUGGAUUAAUUCCAAGACAGUAUAAAUGAUGCAUGUAAUACAUGGGUGUGUGUAUUAUAUAUGGCCACAAAAUGUUUUUGAAGCCAGGAUGGUAGGUAUUUAAAGGUUAUAGGCAAAGAACUAUAUAAGCUAACUUUCUUAUAAUGUGCUUUUUUUGAGGAAUUUAUACUCAUCAACAAGCAAGGGAUUGAGAGACUCUUUACUUUGAAAUAUACCAUUAAUGUUAUAAACUUGGAUAAAAUUUUUAUAAAAAGGUCACAUACUUUCUGCUUUCAAUUUGAGGUGCUUGGAUGUGUAUUCUUCUCUUUAAAGAGCAGUAGGUGUUAAAAUGUUAUUCACAGCAAUAUGUUUUACAGUCCAUCAAUUGAGAUCAUAAUCAUAGUUUUAUAGAGCAAAGGGGUAUUGAAAUGUUUUACUGAACUGCCUAAUUUUGAAAGUUCCAUCACUCUGUGCUGUUGUUUCAUUGUAAAAUGUUGUACCUUGUGUUUCACACUGGACCGUGUUCUUCCUCUUGAGAUUAACUUUGUGACACUAACCACCUUAGAAUAACUAUCUAAUAAACAGGAAAA